CAAAAUAAUCUUUUAUUAGCCUAUCAGAUAUUUCGGUAUAUUUCUCAAAAAGAAUCUUCUAUUAGGGUAUCAGAUACUUCGGGAUAUUUCUCUUGUAAAUGACCACAGAGAGCGAAAUUACCUCUAUGUUUCCGAGUAAAACUUAGGGAGGCAUUUUGAGUUUUUGGUUUUAUGUUUGUUUUACUUAUUAAUUUUAAUAAGAAAUCAAAUUAUUAAUAUACAAUUUGUCGGAUACAUUUUAUUAGAAAAUUAUUUUAGGAAAUUGAGAGAAAUCAACUGAAAUCAAGGAAACAAUUUGUUAUAACAUCAUUGUCGUUUUGUUUAAGUUUAUCCAAUUUGUCUAGAUUUCCAAAAGUUGCAUGGCUUUACGGACAAGGAUCGUUCGUGCUCCUAUAUUUGGUAUUUACUUUUCUAAUAGGAAGCGUUAUGUUCUUUUUCGAGGUAGCACUGGGACAGUUUUCCAAUUUGGGAUCAUUUCGUGUAUUUUCCAUCUGUCCCCUUUUUGAAGGGAUCAGUGCCUCGAUGGCUGUCUAUUGUGCAGUUGUUGGAAUAUUUUACAACUUUAUAAACGUUUAUAACAUGGUUUAUCUUUUUGCUUCGUUAAAUAAAAUGUUGCCGUAUUCCAUUUGUAAAAAUAAUACUGAAUGUAACGAAAAAGACCCGAAUCAAUCGAAGACACCGGAAGCUAUCUAUUUUCGUGACCACAUUGUAAGAAACGCCCCUGAAGAAAAAUAUUCCGGUUUUAUUGAUUAUGUUAAUUGGAGAAACAUCGGAUUACUGCUAUAUCUCUGGAUCACAUUUACUGUAGCAAUUUUUAAAGGAGUAGAAAAAAUGAAACGGUUACCAUUUGUUUACGUUCCAAUAUGUUACACAGUUUUCCUGUUGGUACUUUUGGUAACUUUAUGUUUAAAAGGUGCUGCAGAUGGGAUAGCUUUCAUGUUCAUACCGGAUUGGGAAACUUUUAAAAAUCUUAAGACGUGGAUUUUCGCCUUAGAGCAAACCAUGUUAACUUUGGGUUUAGGACUCGGUCCCGUUAUAACCCUGGCGUCCUAUUGUGAUUUUGCGAGUCCGGCUCAUAAGGAUUCUCUCCUUAUAAGUUUAUCCGCAAUUGUAGGAUCAUUACUUAUAGGUGGUAUACUAUUUAGCGUUAUGGGAAUUCUGGCUGCUGAACGAAAAGUACCAAUUAAUAAAGUAAUCGGACAAUUUAAACCAAAUUAUUCAGGAUUCGUUGUUCAAGUAAUAUAUUCUCAAUUGUUUUCCCGUCUACCAAAUGGCGUUGGACAGUUGAUGAACUUUCUAUUCUACGCAACAUUUGUAAUGAGUGGUUGGUUAUCGUUGGUAAUGUACUUCGAGACAACGAUUUUUACCAUUUUUAUUCAACUUCCCAUGUCACGAAUUAGCAAAAUGAAAGUCAAUAUAGCUGUAUUCGUCGUUUGUUUCAUUUUGGGAAUGUUUUUGGCAAAUAAGGUGGGGGAUGAAAUCAUAUGGAAUAUGGAAAUGCACCUUGCAGAUUUUGGUUUGUUUUUAAUAAUAAUACUAGAAUUUGUUGCAGUAAUCUAUCUGUAUGGGGUAUUUAAAUUUUGCGACAAUAUCGAACUCAUGUUGGAGGUUCAUACCCAUGCCUAUUAUAAAGGUGUGUGGAUAGGCCUUCCGCUCUUUUUAUUUACUUUGUUCUGCUUCAAAAUCAGUUAUGGUUUUCCGUUUCUGACGCUGUUAAGGACAAAAAUUGUUACAAUCGUAAUUGGUGUUGUGGUCAUUUUACCCAUCAUCGUGAUAGCUAUAAAAAAUUUGGUGCAAUUCAAGAGAAAGGGGAGAUUACGAAAAAUACUUUCACCUAGGGGACCCAAUUUCUCUUUCACUCUGUUCCACACCCGACCGGGCCCUUCAAGGGAAUAUCCAGGGAUGAAGAUAGUAAGUGUCAGCAUGAGCGACAACAGUAGCAUUCUCUAGAAAGUAUUUCAAUAUUUUUAUGCAGUAGGGAAAUUUUUAUAGCUUAUUAACAUAUUGUAUUC